UUUCAGAUGACAAAGUAAUGGGUCUUGAUAGGAAAAGUUCACUGGAAAUGAAGCCUGCUGAUGGCAAGCGGGCGUUUGUGAAGAAACGAAGCAAAGUUACGGCGUCAGAAGUACGGAAGCAUGUAAUAAGUGGACUACAUCCAAUCCACCGGCUGUCAGAAGGCGAUAAUGGAUUGGAUUUGGCGGUUUCAAUGAUGGAAAAGAUACAAUUCACCGAGCCCGUGCCACCCGUCGAUGUGGAAGCACUGUUGGACCAACGUAAAACAUGCCUUCUUUAUUCGAUUUCUUCCCCAAAGUCUUCUAAGCCACUUUUUGAAUACGUGUCAGACGACGUCGAGGUAACAACUAUCCGACAAGACGGGUUAACAGAUCAUAACUACACAACUAUUCCGAAUAUUGAAAAUCAUGUUCGGGACAUUUGCGGAUUUUAUUGUGACAAUUUUUCGCUUGUUAAUAGAAAAUAUGCUCAACUCGGAACUGAAGACAUUAAAGACCGCUGGAACUUGGAAAAAUUAACAGCUCUUCGUUCACUUCGUCCUCAGAUUUUUCAUAAUGGACUCCGAAUAAUGGACAGAGAACCCAGCACAAUCUCAAUUGACGGAGGAUCUUUCGACACAAUCGACCCGACUAAAUGUGCUACAGAGCAGUUUUAUGUAUCUAUGCUCAAAAAAUCUGCAAUCGACAAAAACACGUUGCUGUAUUCGAUGCUCUCUAAAAAUCGUGUGAAGCACUUCAUGAAUUGUAUAAACGAAGAGGAAAAAAGUUGGAAAUGGGAGAAAAGGGGCGUACCACGUCUACCGGAACAAGAAGAAACGCCGAAACUUUUUGUUAAAGUUGAAAAAGCCGCUGCGGACCCAUUUUUCGAACCACUUUUUGCAUCCAUGGCAAUUUAUGAUAUCAAAAACAGGCAGAAAGUCACAGAAUCUAUGUACUUUAAUAUUGCUGAUCACGACAAGUUGGACAUGCUGGGCUCCCAUCAGCCAAACUUUAUAAAUAACUACAUGCAAGUUUUAUUCAACGUCACUGGCAAACUGGAAGACAUGUUUCUUGUUGUGAAGAUUGAGAAAGUGCUUCAACAGAAUGAUGUAUUCGAGAACAGUGAGCCAUAUACAGGAACUAAAGAUGAGAACAAUAUGGAACGACUAGAGCGAGCUGCUGAGAAAAAUUGCCAACGACUGGGAGCUUACCGGUCACCGCUCGGCUUUCAAGUAAUCGACCUCCAGAGAAUCUAUAAAGCAAAUGUUUCUACUGGCGCAUCUAGUUUUGAUAGACGAACAGAUCCAAUGAUGAUGUCUCAAUGCACCACUGCCUCAGGGGCCGUGCUAACAACCGCUGGACAAUCUCAAGAUGAUCAAUGCAGUAUUACGAGUGCGGAUAGAACUUCGAUUGCAUCAAUGGGAUCAACUCUCCGACGAUUUGGAAGUGGAACAUCAGCAGCGACAGUUUUCAGCCGUGUUCGGACUCCACUCACAAAAAGGAAAUUCGCGCCGGUUUCCAAUUUGCCAACAAGUCAAGAAGUUCCUGAGAAUAUUGAGAAUAUGCCUUCCUGUAAUUUGAAAUUCAGUUCAUUCAUCCGCCAGGAAGGAGACAAAACUUCUGACGAGGACAUCUAUCGAAUAUGCAGUGAGAUGCGCAGAACAAAUGGAAAAGUUCACAAGAAAAUGUUCAAUUUUGAGUUAGAAUUGACUUUAGCUGGCUCCAACAAAAGCAAAGAGUACCAAAGUCAUGGGAGCAAUCUUACAUUGAAUAGUGAACGUGUGAUACAUGAAGCAAUGGAGAUUCCAAUCUACCAAGCUAGCUUGAACAAGUCAUACAAAAAUGUAAUAUUCGUGUACCCAAAACACAUAAAUUUGUCGAAUCGCACUGGCAACGCAAGAAAUAUCAUGAUUAAGAUCGAAUUAAUGGAUGCGAAUGAAACUGCCCAAGAAGUAGUUUUUGAAAAUGGAUCUACUAGAAUGAGUUUUCUGACAAGUGCAAAAACCUCGGUGAUUUAUCACAACAGAACUCCCCAUUUCACUGAUGAAAUCAAAUUGUCCCUCCCAUGUGAUCUUAAUGAUGGACACCACCUCCUGUUCACAGUUUAUCACAUCUCUUGUAAAGAAGGAGACUCUUCAUCAACCGAAUCACCUAUUGGAUACACGUGGCUUCCGCUAUACCGAAAUGGAAAACUUCGCAGUGGAAAUUUCCAUCUUCCAGUGUGCGGAGAGAAACCGCCUCCUAGAUAUGGAUACCUGGACGCUAACAAUGCUCUGCCCAAUCUCAAAUGGGUUGACAAUCACAAGCCAAUAUUUUCCUGCUCGACAGAAGUAAUAUCUAGUGUUCAUGCGCAAGACGAGUUCCUGGAGAAUUUUUUGGCGGGAGUAGCAAGUCUCAGUUCAAAUGAUCCAAGGAAACCACCAGUGGGAGAAACUCAACUUAUUCGAAGUUUGGAAGGUCUCUGCAAAACGGAGCCAAAAAAGCUGAUCGCUUUCAUUCAUUUUAUCAUGAGUAGACUAUUGUUUUUAAUUGCAAACCCGCCGUACAGUGAUGAACUGUCAAUGAAAGCUUUUGAGUACAUUGGCGAGUUACUGAAGCUCUUUUCGAAUGUUCUUCAUCUCGAUCUUGAUGCUCACCAACGUAAUAUGCUUCUAGUUUCAUUUGUGAAAUACAGAAAACAAGCUGCCCAAGAAUCAAAACCGCAUUCGAACAUUAGACCUGUUGAGCUAAAGUCGUCUCCAACCGACAAUAGUCUAAUUUCAAGUAUGAUCGAACACGUGGAACGAACUCAUUCCGCUGUUAACACCGGAACAAAAAAUAUUCGGCUACACGAAUGCUUGCUGGAAGUUUGGUUACGCGCUCGUGGCUCUCUCAGAGAUGUUUCUCUGGUUCAUUCAUGGUUUCUUCUUGAAAUUAUUCUCAAAUCAUGCUCGGAAUAUCUCACCAUGACUGGAAGAAUACACUCACCUAGAAAAAGUCGAUUUGAAGAGCAGUUCCUUAAAAAUUUGGAAACACUUGUUGAUAUUCUAGCGCAAGAAGUUAUCAUCCGUCAUACAAAUGAUCCAGACAAAGCGAGAAUGAUUUCAAAUUCUCUUGGAUAUUUCUUGAGGGAUUGUUUCUCCAUUAUGGAUCGCACAUUUGUGAUGAAGUUGGUUCACAAGUAUUUGAUCGCGUUUGCGGAAAGCAUGAGAAAACUUGUCCACAGCAAUGAACUUCUGUCUAUCAAAAUUGAUUUCGUUCGGGUUGUAUGUUCAUAUGAACACUAUCUCAUUGUCAACAUUCUCAGUGAUCUCAAACCAUCAGGCAACACAAAUGGUGGUGCGGUGCCACCAGCUUCGUUCUUGAGCGGAAACCGGACAAAAAGUUCCUCCUUAACCAGUUGGACAUUGAAUGACAUCUCUAGAUCGACACAUUACCUUUCUGGACAAGUCUUAUCAGAUAUGAAGGACUCUAUUAUCUCAGGAAAAACAACACUUUGUGCCAAAGCCAUUGAAACAGUAAAGGAACUACUACAAUCUCAUGACUUAGAUGAUCGAAUUGUUGAAGGAGAAUCUUUGGCACAAGUCGCCAAUAUUUACAAACCUCUAGUUACCAUUGUGCUUGACAAUAUCGAAUGCUUGCAUUCUGGGUCGGUUCGCAAUUCUACGGAUGUUUCAUCUACAAAUUCAUUCGUCGAACAGACUCAACGUCAAGAUGUGAUGGCUGCGAUUGCUGGAAAGCUAAGAAAUAGUCCAGAUCCAACCUUUGGAAAACAGCAAAUGGAUCUGCCUAUGACUAAAACAAUCCUUUGCUGUGUGUUUUGGGUUCUCAGAAAUAUUGAUCGAGAAGACCUAAAACAUUGGAUCCGCUCUCUCGACAACGAAAACAUGCUGAAAAUGCUUCAUAUUUUGUUCCACACGAUGACUUCCUUUGAGAUCAAAGAUGAUCCGGCAUCUGCAAGACGUUCUCCGGACAAAACUUCGUUGACAAAACUUGACGAAGAGCCCGAACCAGGGCAGGUGAAAUGGAGAGCUCAAAGCUCUGAAACAUGCGAAACAAAGGUCGAUCAGAUAUCCACACUGGAAGCACUUUCUUCUGAUGCGAUUGUAUCUUGUGAAGUAUUUAUGUGUGUAAUUGAAGUUGUCGACAAUAUAAUCGCAGUUGCAACUGAUCCCAAAAAUGCACAGUUUCAUAUUUUGCCAAUGAUCUUUCCAAUUAUUAUGCACGGUUUAUCUUGUAACGCUUCCGACCAGGUCCUUGAAGUGAUUUUUGCUGCUCAACAAAAUUUCCUUGCCAAGUUUCCAGACAUGAUUUUGGAGCAAAACCCCGAGCUUUGUGCCGAACUCUCUCAGCAAAUUCUUCGCCAUUGCUCGUCAACUAGGCUGGAGAACGUUAGAACAAUGGCAACUGUUAGCCUGUAUCAUUUCUUGAGAGAAAAUUUCAAGCUCUAUAGGAACUUGACACGUGCUCGAACCUUUCUCUCAACAGCACUAUCAACUCUUCUAUCUGGAAGCUGUGGCAUCGAUAUUUUUGUGAAUGAUGAAUUCAUGAUCAGAAGUUUGGAGAUUGCCAAUCAGCUUGCCGCUGAGGACGACACAUUUGAUAUAGCUGCAAAGAAAAAGCUAACGGAACAAAUGCAAGAGUUGACUGCAAACCUUCAGAAGAUCAUGUUGAGUACUGUUAGAAUGCGAGAGCAUGUUAACGAUUAUGAAAUGACCAUCGACCUCAUGUAUCAACUAGUUGAAGGAUACUCGAAUAAUCCAGAUUUGAGAAUAACUUGGCUUCUUAACAUGGCUGAACGACAUGAAAAGCAGCGAAAUCUCUGUGAAGCGGCCCACAGCUACCUUCAAGCAAGUGCACUUGUAUUUGAGUACAUUGCUCAAAAAGAUCAAAACUUGUCGUUUGAAUCUAAAGGAGCUGCCACGUUUUCUGAGAUUACACCCAAUGCUAUCAAAGAGUCUAAAACGAAUUUCAACUCAUUGAAAAACGCCGAUAGUGAGAACCACAUUCAAUCUUAUCACUUCACAGAGGCUGGUGUGAUUAAAAUUUUGGAAAAGGCUUUUGCGCUUCUGGAGAAGGCUCAGCUUUACGAACUACUGUUCCCUUUCUCGAAGAUCAUUUUGAAGUACUAUCAUGCAACUAAAAGCUACUCCCGAGUGUCUCACACCCACAAAAGAUUAGGUAUUGCUGCUGAUCAAAUCAAAGAAACUGGGGAAUAUUAUGAAAAUCAAUCCGAUGCAUGGAUCUCACCAUUACCAGGAAUUGAUAAAAGAUGUUUUGGUUCAUUUUUCCGAGUUGCGUUUUACGGAAAGCUAUUUGGAGCCUUGAAUAAUGCAGAGUUUGUCUACAAAGAAUCUGCAUUUUCGAAAUUGAAUGAAAUCAGCAAUAGGUUGGAAACUUUCUACACAAAUAUGUAUGGAGAAGGAAAUGUUGUUGUGCUGAAAGACUCAAAACCAGUUCAACUGGAAAAAUUAAAUCCAGAAAAGGCAUAUAUUCAAAUCACAUUUGUCGAUGUGUACCUGUCUGAUAAUGAGAAGAUGGAACGAACUACGUAUUUUACGCGAAGAAAUAAUGUCAACAGAUUCUACUUCGAAGCUCCGUACACAAUGGAAGGUCGAGCGCAGGGAGAGCUGGCCGCGCAGUACAAAAAGCGUACUAUUUUGACAGUAGAAAACUCGUUCCCCUACAUCAAAACGCGCCUUCAAGUUGUGAACCGAAGUGUGAAAGAUUUUUCACCAAUCGAAGUGGCAAUUGAAGACAUUGAAAAAAAGACGCGAGAACUCUCAGCAGCCGCACAGCACAAAAAUCCAAAAAUGUUGUCAAUGUUCAUUCAAGGUUCCAUUGGAACGACAGUAAACCAGGGCCCACUUGAGAUUGCCAAUGUGUUCCUAGCCAACGCAAUGCUUGAUGAUCGUGGUCGACCCGUGGAUCGUCUUCAGAACAAGCUCCGUCUGUCUUUUCGGCAUUUGCAAUGUAAAGCAAUGGAAGCUAUUGAGCUUUGUCGUCAAUUAAUCGGGGAAGAUCAGAAGGAGUAUCAAAGAAAUGUUGAGGAAAACUUUGAGAGUUUCGUGACCCACCUGAAGCCAAUGCUAUCUAGGCAAAGAAACGAGAUUACCAUCUCCGAAUUCAGUGACCCUACAGUUGUAUAAAAUACUCACCUCGUUGACUCUGUUUUUACCCCAUCUCAUUCACCAGUUGACUUUAUUUUAGUUUGCUUUACCUGAACCACACAUUCUUUAAUUUGUUUUUUCGUUCAUCAUCGAUUUCACUAUUUCCCCCACACUAAAAUCUCAAGAUUUGUUUUUCAAUAUUUAAAUAAGUUUUUAUUAAAUUUUUCAAUUUUCAAUGUUCAACCUUCGAUACUUGUAAAAUCCCUUCUGACAUGUUUUUUUUUCUGGCCUUUCCUACUGUUCUUUGCAAACAAAUAGUUUGUUUGUCGAAAUAAAUACACACGAUCAAAAAUGUGGCAAUAUGAUAAUGAAGUAGAAUACGGCGGAAUGAUAAA